UAAGGUUUCCGACUACCUUAAAAGCGAGGAUUUUCACAAAAAAUCACUUUUUUAUUUUAUUGCUUAAUAAUAAUGCCCAAUUUUUCUAUUUUUCAAAACUGUUUUGUUUUUGAAUGCACGUCAAGCAGAACUUUAGUUAUAGCUAUUUUAGUAGCAGAUGACAGCUGUCUAACUUACCGGAAAUUACAAAAAUGAAACCGGUAGUAGGUAUUUUCAACACACUUGAUAUGAUUCGUUUAUUCGCAGCGUUUUUGCUCCUUAGGGCGAUAUUCGGCUUAAGCAAUUUGGAAAGUAUCGCAGAUAGUAGUAAUUUGUUUUGGGCAUACUAUGUUGAUGAAAGCCACGAGAGGUUGGUUGCAUUUCAAGUAAAAGGAGAUGAGAUCGUAGAUUGUUACAUUUCAGGAGAUAAAACUCAGAUAAGUAUACUUGAGAAAACACUAGAGAAAAUACCUGGAAGUCGACAGUAUACAGAGAAUAAAGAAGACAUGAGGAAUAUAAGUAGCAUUUGUAAUGAAGGCAAGACGAAAGGAAUGUUCUCUGGUGGAGAUGCGAAAAAUAUGUUAAGCCAAUUCGGAAUGUUAAACGUUUUUUUUAUCUAUCCAGGAACAAAAUAUUGUGGUGCCGGUAAUAUAUCUGAGAGUUACGAUGACCUUGGAGAAGAAGUAGAGGCCGAUAAGUGCUGCCGGGCUCAUGAUUCCUGCAAUGACAACAUACUUGCAUUUAAAUCUAAACACGGCCUGAAAAACCCAACGCCGAUAACUAAGUCUCAUUGUGACUGUGAUGAAUGUUUCUUUAACUGUUUGAAAGAGGCAAAUACAAAGACAUCAAACCGUUUAGGCAGGAUUUACUUUAACGCUUUGCAGAUGGAAUGCUUUAGGAAAGAUUACCCAAUCGAAAGCUGCAAAAAAUACAGAGGUUUGGUUACUCACAGAUGUGAAGAGUACGAAUUAAAUCACGAAAAAGAGCCCGUUUAUCAGUAUUUUGACGAUCAAUAUUACGAAGCGCCAUCAGAAGAUUCAGAUGAAGCAAAUGGAAACAAGGAUGUCUUUUACUAUCUGCUAAAUGUGGAAGAUGAAUUGGAUGAACCUUUGAAAAUUGUCUGAAAUGAAAACAAAGGUUUAACUCCCAAUUGGAUAGUCCUUUAUUUGUUUCUAUUUUUUUGAGAUAAAAUAUAUUGUUAGUUUUGAACAAUAUCUUGUUUUUGUGGUUUAUUGUUUUUGUUAAGUGCUGCUCAAAAUUGUAGUGCCAAUAAAAAAAAAAUGUGCCUUUUUGUUAGAGUUAGCGUCAAUAUUCAAGAAAUAAAGUAUUUCAUCUGACA